UGUUUUUCCUUCCAACAAAAAUUGAACAUGUAUUUAUUGCGUGUAAAUUGUUUCAUAUAGUUUCCAGCAAGGUUAUGCACCAAAUUCCAACUAGCAGUAUUAUAAUUUUUCCGAAGCAUGCACGUCUUAUCGGCUGUGCUGGCCUACCAUGCCUUGGUGACCCUUGCCUUCUCCCCAAUGCUUAUGUUUGCCCCGGAGAGACUUAUGAAGGUUGGUCGCAAAGGAGCUGUGGCAGAUGCCAAGAAAAGAGAUGACGCACCAAGCACAUCUACGAGGCCAGACACGAAGACGUUGGUAUGGCGUAUUUGUGGCAUUUGGGUGUUCUACGGAGGCUUGAUGUCGCUUUAUGCGACGGGAUAUUUCUCUGCUGUGACAAAUGAGGUGCAAGUUUUUGUUACGGGGGGACUGAUGCUCACUCACUUGGCAGAGAGUCAGGUCAAGAUGUACUACACCGGAAACCAGUUGUUGAACCUGCAUGUGUGUAUUUUACUUCUCGCAGGGUUGCUACACAACUACUUUAAGUAAAGUGCCAAUUUCUAAUAGUUCGGAUUUCGUAGUUUCAGAACCUACAUGCGCAUAUACAGUUUGCAUAUAACUCAUGAGCAUAAUUCGAUUUUAUAUCUGAGCACAUGUACGAACAUCUAUGCAUAUUGUCAUUUGAGUUGUACAUAUUCUCUCGCACACAUUUAUUCUAUAUUAUAUAUAUAUA